CAAUCUAAAGUGCCUUCAAGACAUGGCAGGGCAAGUCCACGAUCUAGAAGUCUGCGACAAAGAACUACAUGAGAAGGAAGUUGAAGAGAGUGAAAGACAUUUAGCAAUAGUGCUGGAAGAUAUUUCAUUUGAGAAACUUUUUCAUUAUGAUUUUCUUAGGAAUUCAAAAUUUAUGCAUGGCUGGAAAAAUGUCAGAGAAAGUGUUAACAAAGAAAAAUUAGUGGAAUCGUUUAUAAAAGCUCAGGUAUUCUUCUAUAAUAGAGAAAUUGAGCAAGUCAACUAUGAACGUUAUGUGAAGUGGUUGGCUGAGAAUAAAAGAGAUGUAGAAAACACAGUUCUGUUCAAAUUGUGCACAGAAGAAUCCCACCGUGAGACUUCAGCAUCAAACAGUGAAGACCUAAGCAGUGAAUUAGGAAAUUAUCCUCAGAGCUUCAUGGAACUUGUUGAAAUGAUUCAAAGGGGUGAAAAACUGCCGAACACUUUAGAUUUAGACAUUGAACCUUUGAAUAUUGACCCAACCCCUGCCAUAAGAGAACUGCCUUUAAAACCAUGGGAAAUAGAAAAACCAAGCUAAUGCAUUUCAUUAGCCAAAAAGCGGUGUUUUUACAAUUUAAGUAUGGGGUAUACACAGGUUUUUUAUAAACUUAAAAUUUGCUAAGCCAAUUAGUACAUAUCCAGAAAACAAAUUUGCAUCUUUUGUUGCAGAAACAAAAAUAAUAUUGAAAAUAAGGCAA